AUGACUUCGGUACACGCUCCACGUGCUGCGAACGCGCUCUCCAAACUCGCAGAGAGCGAGUCCGAUUCGGAUAACGACGAAGCACUCGUUCGGAGGACAAAUGGAAGACUGCUAUCCCGAUUGCAACAAGCCGUCACAGAGGACUCCUCAGAGGGGGAACAGGGCAACAGCGAUGAGGACACCUAUGAGCGCACGAAGCGCCGACUCGCUGCGGCUAAAUCCGCUGCUGACAGCAGCGGUGAGGAGGAGGAAGACAAUGGUCAAGGAGCAUAUGAGCGUAUGAAGCAGCUAUUGCUCGCCAGUACGGGCGCGGAGCGCCGACUGGAAACAGAGCCAACUCAAGACGCCCAGAAGCCUGUCGCUGCAGCCGCGGCAUCCAGCAGUGAGGAUGCAGAUGACGCGCCGGUCCGUGGUGCUCGGGUUCGCAAGCUCCAAAAACGGCGGGAACCAUCAGAAUCCCCCCGAGUUGAACGCAUACGCGCCGAGAGGUUGGCCAAACGAGCAGAGGAGAAACAGCGACGCACAAAAAACGCCCGACAACAAGGAGAGCAAGAACCUGAGAGCAACUCAGAUGGUGAAGGCAGCCGACGACUCACUCAGCUCGCGAAGCCCACCCGUAAAGCAGGCAAGAAGGCUUUGGAAGCCAUGGCUCGGGACCAGCAACGUAUCGUCCGGAAUAUGCAGCUUACGCACCAAGCUAAAACGAAGAAGAGAUAUGGCACGAAAGAUCUCUUUGCGAAGUUCGGUUUCAACCAGGGCGUAGAAGAUGCCGAAUCGGCGGCUCUCCCAGUAUCAGAGAACAGCUCGGUGCCUGCAACCUCGGAUGCUGAAGCUGCUCCAUCUCGCGACACGCCACCCACAAGCCCGCCGAGCUUUGAAGAUGCGUCAGAGAAAGACGACACCUUGGGUAAGCCACAUUUGACCGGGGCUGCAGAUCCUAUGGAGGAGGGUGCUCCUCCAGCACCUACGAAGGUCGACAAAGGCAAAGGCCGCGCGCCAGAGUUCCAGCACCUUCCUCCUAAUCAAAUAAUGCAGCUGGCGCAACCAUUGAUUGUGCAGAACGCCCUCAUAGAGCCUAAAGAAUUCGGCUCAGAAAUUAUGGUGGAUCUCGACGACUCAGAUGAUGAGCCUGAGGUUACAAAACCGAAGAGCCGCUUCCCAAUUUUCGAUAACCUUCCAGUGCGAAAGGACCGAGAGAGCUCGUCCCUGCUACACCUUCGGCAUCUCGCUCAGCUCAGCUCGCCUGGUAAGAGGGGCCCUAAAGGGAAAAAAACCAUGAACAUGGUUCAGCUGCAAGGGUCCCUCUUCCAGAAGGCUCGCCAGCAAGCACAAACGGAGCGACAGGAGAAAAUCGAGAUGCUCAGGGCCAAGGGUAUUAUCGUUGAGACCGAAGAAGAGAAAGAGAAGCGCCAAAUGGAGAUCGAAGACCUGGUUGCGCAAUUUGAGAAGGAGAAAGAAAAGGACCUCAAACUGGCCAAGCGAGAGCGAGAGAUCGCAAAGAAGAAUGGGGAGAUUGGGGACGGCCUAGCGUCAAGCGACGAGGAAGAAGACGAGGACUAUGUAGCAAGUGGAGAGGAAGAUGAAGUCGCUGAGAAUCUGGGCGAUGCCGAUGAGGUCGAACUCGAGCUUUCCGGUUCGGAAGACGAGGAAGCAGAUGACGAGCAUGAGCUUGACGAAGAUGAAGAUGAAGAUGAUGAAGGCAUGCAGGAAGCACCCGAAGCAAACGCUCUGAUCGACACAAUGGCGGGUGAAGACGAGGACGAGGAAUCAGCCAAUGAUGCGCCAGAAGAUGGUGAAGACGACGAUAUGCUGGGUGCGGAGCCCGAAGAGAUUGUGCGCAAGGCGCCCGCAGAACGCACCCGGAAGGUUGUCGUCGAUGACGAAGAUGACGAGGAGAGCACAGCUCAAUUCAACGGAUCUCCAACCCAAGUCGCUACACAAGAUGAGACUAUGGCUGCGUUCGGUUUUGGAGCUACAGCACCGGCAAUAGGGCUUACUCAGGCCUUUGCUGGCACCAUGGCCAUCCUGGAGUCAGGCUCCCAAGCUGAUCGAUCCCUGACGCAGGAACCUGAACAGGACUCUAUCGACUUCCUUCGCAGUUUGCCCGACAGCCAGCCAAGCUUUAGCCAAAGAAACGAUAUAUUUGUACCUAACAGCCAGUCUGCACUUUUCCAGCAGGAUGACACUCAGGAUGGCUCUGCUCCUCCAAUUAACUUGGGCAUUAGCCAACUGUUGGAGGAGACCGCGAUUUACUCCAACACGCAGGCCUCAGAAGUCCCAGAACCCACUCAGGAUGCCGGAUUUUUGAUCUCUCGCUCACCUGCUGGUCUCAUGCCGUCUACUGCUGAUACCGUUAUGGUCCCCGUACCAGAGUCUCCCAUCGCACAACGCAAGGGCAAGCUUAGCAGGAGGCGUAAAGUGGCUACAGUGGUACUAUCGGAUGUAGAUGAUGAAAACGUCUUUUCGGCGUCCGAUGCCGAAGCCGAUGCAGGUCAGCCGGCAACUGAAGAUGCCUUCAGCUUCCUCAAGAAUGCAGCCAAGCAACAGAAGAAGAUCGACCCUUUCAACAAGAAGACUAGUGCAGCGAGAGAGCAUCUCGACGAGCAAGCGUACGAAUCCGACGAUGAGUACAAGGGUAUCGGAGGCGCGAGUGAUGAGGACAGCGGAGAAGAGGACGCAGAUCUUGCUGAGAUGAUAGACACGAGCGAUGUCAAGGUCGACGAGCGGAAAAUUGCCGCCUUGUUUGCCGACAAGGCACGCAAAGACCACGACGCGAGCGUAGCCAAGAUCUACAAGGACCUCCAGACUGGUGCUUUCCGCAAGCGAGGUGUUGGCGAUGCUUUCGACAUGUCUGACUCCGAAGACGAGAUGGAGAUGCGCAGGCGAAAGAAGCAGCGCGAGUUCGAUCAGAUGUUCCGCGCGCUCAAGCAGGACGAGGCAGUCGGCAAGAUGGCGGAGAAUCCCAAGCGCAAAGCUUUCUUCGCCACGAUAAUGGACCACUCCGAUGACUCUGAUCUCGAGUUCUUGGACGACCCCGAGGAGCCAGCAGCCAACUCAGCGUCCCAGUCUGACGAGGAAAAGCAAGACAAGCAAGAGACGCAAGAAGUCUCCAUUCCCGAUUCGCAAACCACUCAUGCACCUCCGAACUCACUCAAGCGCAAAUCACCAGCCGCCGAUUCCCAGGAGAAGGAGAACCGCCCGCCUCCUCAUCUACGCAGGACAGCUGUUGCCGACGCUAUGACGCGCCGCCCCAUCUCCGCAGCCGACAUCAAAGACUCUGUCGCUGAGCUCCUUGACGACCCCCGCGACGUCGUCCCAGACUCACAAUACACCUCCCUCUCCGACUCCGAAGACGACUCCUCCACCACCCCCAUGGUCCGCGCUGAGCGCGUCGUCACGAACCGCCUCUCCCGCACCCCAUCCCUCGCCACCGAGACAUCCACCAAAUCAAACAUGGCAUUCCAGGCGCCUUCGACCGCCGGCGCGGGCGGCUUCCGCGUGCCGUCGCUCAUCCGCAGGGCGACUAGUAAUCUCUCCGUGGCAUCUGAGCGGUCGACAUCGUCGGCAGGGCGGAGCAGUGAAGGGGGCGUAAGGAUGGGCGGGACGGGGAGGAGUAAUAUCCAUGCACAGGCCAGGGAGGCAGAGAGGAGGGCGGUGUUGGAUAAGGUGGAGGGGAAGAGGAAGGAGGCGUUGAAGAAGAAGGUGGGGUUGGCGAGGGGGAAGAGGAGCGUGUUGAGUCGGUUGGGUGGGGGCUUCGAGUGAAAUGUUUCAGGGCUGGGUUUGCGUUUGGAGUUAGGCGGUUGGAAUAAGGUGCCGCAGGGCGUUGACUGAGCGUUCGAUACUCCGAUGUGCGGAAUUUGAUCAUCUUCUCUGACCACGACCUACACCUAGCUUUUGUGCAAUACGUGGCCUUGAAUUGAAAUCUAUGCAAGCUGAAAUGUUCGUAAGAUCGAAGAGAGACGGAUACGGGAUACGCUACAUAUGGUACAGUUACAAAACACGAGAAGACAGAUAC